UGCAGUGGCAAGGUUGAUCUUCAUACAGAGAGAAGAGGUGUAAUCUACAGCCCCUCCUGGCCCCUCAACUACCCCCCCGGGAUGAACUGUUCCUGGAACAUAGAGGGGGACAGGGGAGAGGUUAUCACCAUCAGCUUCCCUAACUUUGACCUGGAGGAGUCAGGUCAGUGUCAGGGGGACUGGCUGCUCCUAGGACCCACCUGGAGAGAGGAGUACCGGGUGUGUGGCUCCCUCCUCCCACCUCCCUUCAUCUCCUCCAGGGGAAGAGUCUGGCUCUACUUCCACUCACAGGCCAACAGCUCAGGACUGGCUCAGGGGUUCAGACUGUCUUAUAUCAGAGGUCCCCUGGGCCAGUCCAGCUGUCAGAGGGAUGAGUUCCUGUGUGGUAACGGUAAAUGUCUUCCCCGGACGUGGCGCUGUAACGGCCUGGAUGAGUGCGGCGACGCUACCGACGAACGGAGCUGUGCCCCCCCUCCGACCCCUCCCCGCACCUCCCUCUGCCCCCCCGGCACCGCCCCCUGUACCCAGGCCCAGUCCACUCGCUGCCUGCCCCCUUCGCUGCGCUGCAACGGAGCCCGGGACUGCCCCGAUGGCUCGGACGAGGCAGGGUGCCCCGACACGGCCUGCGGGAAACGCCUGGGGAACUUCUACGGAACAUUCGCCUCCCCGGACUUCUUCCGUCCCAACCGCAGCGCUGUGGGGGAGCUGAGGUGCUCCUGGCUACUGGACACUCAGGACCCUAAACCCAUCGUGUUGCAGCUGGACCUGGGGUUAGGGCCAGGGGACUCCCUCCAUGUCUAUGAUGGGCUGGUCCAGAGAGCAGAGCGCCUCCUGCAGGCCCUGUCGCAUCAUAACAACAGGAGACCAGCCCUGUUAGAAUCCAGUAGAGGACAGAUGAGUCUGCAGUACCUGGCCCAACCACUCAGCCCUGGGCAUGGGUUCAACGCUACAUACCAGGUGAAAGGUUACUGUUUCCCUGGGGAACACCCGUGCGGAUUGGACCAGGGCUGUUACUCUGAACGCCAGCGCUGUGACGGGUACUGGCACUGCCCUACGGGGCGCGACGAGGAAGAGUGUCCAGUUUGCCAGGAGGGGGAGUACCCCUGUGAGGGGGGCAGUGGGGCCUGCUACCCUGCCUCUGAAAGAUGUAACAACCAGAAGAAGUGCCCAGACGGUUCUGAUGAGAAGAACUGUUUUGACUGCCAGCCGGGGAACUUCCACUGUGACACCAACCUGUGUAUCUUCGAGACGUGGCACUGUGAUGGCCAGGAGGACUGCCUGGAUGGUAGUGACGAGAGAGACUGUUUGGGAGCUGUACCCAGGAAGGUGAUCACUGCUGCCCUGAUUGGUUCUCUUGUCUGUGGCCUCCUCCUUGUCAUCGCUCUGGGCUGUGCCUUCAAACUCUACUCCCUCCGGACAAGAGAGUACAGAGCAUUUGAGACCCAGAUGACCCGUCUGGAGGCGGAGUUUGUUCAGAGAGAGGCUCCGCCCUCCUAUGGUCAGCUGAUCGCCCAGGGCCUCAUCCCUCCGGUGGAGGACUUCCCUGUGUACAACCCCACUCAGGCCUCCAUGCUCCAGAACAUCCGUACAGCGAUGCGUAGGCAGAUCAGAAGACACUCCUCCCGCCGGGCCACGUCACAUCGCCGCCUGAGGCGCCUUUGGAACCGCCUGUUCCACCGAGGGACCCGUCUCCGCGGCCAGAUCCCCCUCCUCACACCCCCCGGGUCUCAGGUGGCUCUGGGCCUGCACUCCUACCACACCUCGGAGGGACCUGGAGCCAGGGCUGGGGAUGGAGGUGGCGGGGCGGGCAUGGUGGGAGGCAUGGCGGGCAUGGGACCAGCAAGGACCCCCUCCCGCUGCUCUACAGCAGCAGUAGGCUUCACCCUGCAUGCCCACACCCAGGCCUUGUCACAGUCCCAGUCCUCCCACCCCUCCUUGGAGUCUCCCCACUCCCCACCCUCCCCCUCUGACAGUGAACCAUCCGAGGCGUCUCCUUGUUCCCCAGAUAGCCCGGGUAGCAGGGUUAGGUUGCCCCUCAGCGAGCUCUCCACCCCUGGGCAGCAGAGUGACUCAUUAACAUCUGCCCCCAGCAUACUGAGCCAGCAGUGCCCCCUAGAGGGCAGCACAGGUCAUUACACUCGCCGGGCCUCCAGGAAGCUGGUCUUGGGGCUGGCUGCCAACCUGAGAGGGGUGGCUCUACGACGCUACUCCCCCAUGGGGCUCACCUCCCCCGUUACCCCCCCUGUCCUUCCCCCUCCAGACUCCCAGCCGCCCUGCCACCACCCCCUGACCUCCCCCCUGACGUCAUCCCCCUCGGGGUCUUCAGACGACAGUCAGAGGUUCCAUGCCCUGGAAGUGCCAACCCAGGAGAGGAAGAGGAGGAGGAGGAGGAGGGGAGGGGUAUAGGGGUGCCCAGCAGCAGUGAGGAAGAGGAGGAGGAGGAGGAGGAUGGAGAUGAGACUCUACUGAUCUGCUAGUAUGAAAGACAGACAGACAGACAGACAGACAGACAGACAGACAGACAGACAGACAGACAGACAGACAGACAGACAGACAGACAGACAGACAGACAGAGAGCUGUAGACUGUUUCUCUGGCUGAAACACAGAGAGCUGUAGACUCUGUCUCUGGCUGAAACACGGAGAGCUGUAGACUCUGUUUCUCUGGCUGAAACACAGAGAGCUGUAGACUCUGUCUCUCUGGCUGAAACACAGAGAGCUGUAGACUCUCUCUGUCUGAAACACAGAGAGCUGUAGACUCUGUUUCUCUGGCUGAAACACAGAGAGCUGUAGACUCUGUCUCUCUGGCUGAAACACAGAGAGCUGUAGACUCUGUUUCUCUGGCUGAAACACAGAGAGCUGUAGACUCUGUUUCUGGCUGAAACACAGAGAGCUGUAGACUCUGUUUCUCUGGCUGAAACACAGAGAGCUGUAGACUCUCUCUGGCUGAAACACAGAGAGCUGUAGACUCUGUCUCUGGCUGAAACACAGAGAGCUGUAGACUCUGUCUCUCUGGCUGAAACACAGAGAGCUGUAGACUCUGUCUCUGGCUGAAACACAGAGAGCUGUAGACUCUGUUUCUCUGGCUGAAACACAGAGAGCUGGAGAAUAACUGAAUAAUGGGACAGUGGAUGAUCUCAGAGCAGCACGAUGAUUUCAGUCCUCCCUCCACCCCCUCUAUCUGCUCAUCCCUCCAUCCCUGCCUUACCAGAGAUCUACAGCUGAGGGCUGUACAUCAGCCUGUCUACUGACUCAGUCACUCUGAUUCAGUCACACAUACUCAGUCACACUAACUCAGUCACAGAGACUCAAUCACACAGACUCAGUCACACUGACUCAGUAACACAGACUCAAACACACUAACUCAGUCACUCUGACUCAGUCACACUAACUCAGUGACACUAACUCAGUGACACUAACUCAGUCACUCUGAUUCAGUCACACAUACUCAGUCACACUAACUCAGUCACAGAGACUCAAUCACACUAACUCAGUCACAGAGACUCAAUCACACAGACUCAGUCACUCUGACUCAUAUCACCAUCGUCUGUUUUUGUAAACGUUGUCAGUGAGGUAAAAAACAAAACAGUGAAUGACAUCACCAGCUGGAUCACUUGAAGUGAUGAACAAGAUGUAACACAAGAAGAAGAUGUUUUGAGGAAGUUGUGAAAUUGAAUGUUAUUAUGAAUGUGAUAUCUGACUGUUAUCAUAGAUGUUUAAGCAGUGGCCUAUCUUGGUACCCUCUCUAGACGAUGGUUGGACCACAGGCAGUGGAGGGGGUGUCUACUCGGUCACAGUGGCCGGGUCACAAAUGGUAACCUAUUCCCUAUAUAGUGCACUACUUCUGGCCAGAGCUCUAUGGGGUAGGCUAUAGGGCAUGGUUAGAGAACAGAGCUCUAUGGGGUAGGCUAUAGGGCAUGGUUAGAGAACAGAGCUCUAUGGGGUAGGCUAUAGGGCAUGGUUAGAGAACAGAGCUCUAUGGGGUAGACUAUAGGGCAUGGUUAGAGAACAGAGCUCUAUGGGGUAGGCUAUAGGGCGUGGUUAGAGAACAGAGCUCUAUGGGGUAGGCUAUAGGGAAUGGUUAGAGAACAGAGCUCUAUGGGGUAGGCUAUAGGGCGUGGUUAGAGAACAGAGCUCUAUGGGGUAGGCUAUAGGGAAUGGUGGGACACAUUCUGAACGGAGCCUCACUAACCUUGGUCUAAGACUUACCCCAUAUGGCGCUGGGCAACAUGAGGGCACUACAUAGACAACACAGGGGCCAUUUGGGACACAUUCUGAACGGAGCCUCACUAACCUUGGUCUAAGACUUACCCCAAAUGGCUCUGGGCAACAUGAGGGCACUACAUAGACAACACAGGGGCCAUUUGGGACACAUUCCAGGACAACAGUUGGUAAUGAUGGAGAGACAGACGGCAGGAAGUGCUCUGGUGUUUAAUAAAGGUAAUGUUGGUUCAGCAGGAAGUCCUCUGGUGUUUCAUAAAGGUCAUGUUGGUUCAGCAGGAAGUCCUCUGGUGUUUCAUAAAGGUCAUGUUGUUUCAGCAGGAAGUCCUCUGGUGUUUAAUAAAGGUCAUGUUGGUUCAGCAGGAAGUCCUCUGGUGUUUCAUAAAGGUCAUGUUGGUUCAGCAGGAAGUCCUCUGGUGUUUAAUAAAGGUCAUGUUGGUUCAGCAGGAAGUCCUCUGGUGUUUAAUAAAGGUCAUGUUGGUUCAGCAGGAAGUCCUCUGGUGUUUAAUAAAGGUCAUGUUGGUUCAGCAGGAAGUCCUCUGGUGUUUAAUAAAGGUCAUGUUGGUUCAGCAGGAAGUCCUCUGGUGUUUCAUAAAGGUCAUGUUGGUUCAGCAGGAAGUCCUCUGGUGUUUCAUAAAGGUCAUGUUGGUUCAGCAGGAAGUCCUCUGGUGUUUAAUAAAGGUCAUGUUGGUUCAGCAGGAAGUCCUCUGGUGUUUAAUAAAGGUCAUGUUGGUUCAGCAGGAAGUCCUCUGGUGUUUAAUUAAGGUCAUGUUGGUUCAGCAGGAAGUCCUCUGGUGUUUAAUAAAGAUCAAUAACUAAUGCUAGCCAGAUCAAUAACUAAUGCUAGCCAGAUCAACAGCUAAUGCUAGCCAGAUCAAUAACUGAUGCUAGCCAGAUCAACAGCUAAUGCUAGCCAGAUCAACAGCUAAUGCUAGCCAGAUCAACAACUAAUGCUAGCCAGAUCAACAACUAAUGCUUGCCAGAUCAACAGCUAAUGCUAGCCAGAUCAACAGCUAAUGCUAGCCAGAUCAAUAACUAAUGCUAGCCAGAUCAACAGCUAAUGCUAGCCAGAUCAAUAACUAAUGCUAGCCAGAUCAACAACUAAUGCUAGCCAGAUCAACAACUAAUGCUAGCCAGAUCAACAACUAAUGCUAGCCAGAUCAACAGCUAAUGCUAGCCAGAUCAACAGCUAAUGCUAGCCAGAUCAAUAACUAAUGCUAGCCAGAUCAAUAACUAAUGCUAGCCAGAUCAACAGCUAAUGCUAGCCAGAUCAAUAACUAAUGCUAGCCAGAUCAACAACUAAUGCUAGCCAGAUCAAUAACUAAUGCUAGCCAGAUCAAUAACUAAUGCUAGCCAGAUCAAUAACUAAUGCUAGCCAGAUCAACAGCUAAUGCUAGCCAGAUCAAUAACUAAUGCUAGCCAGAUCAAUAACUAAUGCUAGCCAGAUCAAUAACUAAUGCUAGCCAGAUCAAUAACUAAUGCUAGCCAGAUCAACAGCUAAUGCUUGCCAGAUCAAUAACUAAUGCUAGCCAGAUCAAUAACUAAUGCUUGCCAGAUCAAUAACUAAUGCUAGCCAGAUCAACAGCUAAUGCUUGCCAGAUCAAUAACUAAUGCUUGCCAGAUCAACAGCUAAUGCUUGCCAGAUCAAUAACUAAUGCUAGCCAGAUCAAUAACUAAUGCUUGCCAGAUCAAUAACUAAUGCUAGCCAGAUCAAUAACUAAUGCUAGCCAGAUCAAUAACUAAUGCUAGCCAGAUCAACAUCUAAUGCUAGCCAGAUCAAUAACUAAUGCUAGCCAGAUCAACAACUAAUGCUAGCCAGAUCAAUAACUAAUGCUAGCCAGAUCAAGAUGAGCUUAGAUCUAACAAAGGAACGUUAGAUAAAACCUCUCAAACUUUUUCAUCGAGAUAAACAAUGGGGAAGAGUAAGUAGACUGCUCGUCCUUCUGCAGCUUGCCUGCCAAUGCAUGCUUGUCCCAACCAAGCACUCCAGCUAACUGGCUAAAGUUGGCUAGCGGAGAACACCUCACUCUGACCAUUUUACUCACCGUAACAGAGCUGUUAGGCUGUUUACAUGUUAUCUAGAACGUUCUUGAUUAAUUAUUACUUUUUGUUUGCCUACGUUUACUAAACCCCGGUCAUAUUCAUUACAUUACAUUUAAGUCAUUUAGCAGACGCUCUUAUCCAGAGCGACUUACAAAUUGGUGCAUUCACCUUAUGACAUCCAGUAGAAUAGUCACUUUACAAUAGUGCAUCUAAAUCUUAAAGGGGGGGGGGUGAGAAUUCAGUGGGUUUUCGUUCGUAAAUGUAUUUUCGUCAGUUAUUCUUCGCUCUGGCAUACAGACGAGACGCUCUGAAAUUUCAGAGCGUCUGGAUAUGCAGUUUUUCAACUUCCAACAUUUAAUUUUAAUUUUACUAGAACAAAUUCUUACUUUCAAUGACAGCCUAGGAACAGUGGGUUAACUGCCUGUUCAGGGGCAGAAUGACAGAUUUGUACCUUGUCAGCUCGGGGAUUCGAACUUGCAACCUUUCGCUUACUAGUCCAACACUCUAACCACUAGGCUACCCUGCCCUGCUGUGUAUAGCCACCGAAAAACGAUAUGAGGGGGAAAAAGGGUCAGUCACUCACCCUCUCCUUCCAAUGACAUGUCAUCCUCCUAAACAGCUAGCUAGCUAACGUUAGGCUCUGUGCUUUUAGCUCGCUACAUAAAUAGAUACGCUAGGCUACUAGCCACGUUAACACUGACUUGUGAUCAUUGCCUUUUGCUUGUUUGAUUGUAGUGACACUCCCAGCCUUUAUAACAUAGGUAUGUUUUUGUCCAGAAUAUUGAGUCGUUGAAACUGAAACAGUGGAUCCCGAAUGGGAGGCAGUAAACAACGUACCAGGCCAGCUGCGAUUUACAACCCGAUAGCAAUAUGCUUUUUUUGGGAAUACUAAGAAAUGUAUUGGUGAAUUCUAUUAAUCAUGCAUUGAACUGCAUCCAUCGGUUCUGCCAACAUUGCCUUACUCAUGGAAUGUUACAAAGUUGGUUUUAUAGCAUAAACUGGGAUUUUGACAGAUAUUAUGAUUGUCUAUUUCUUUCAUAUCUACAAAGUAGUUAACACACUGUCAGUUCCACUUUAACGAGUACUAUUACAGACUUAGCGAUGUUCCAUUAGAGAAGUAUCUCCCUUCCAACCUCCUGUCUGUCUGUCUGUCUGUCUGUCUGUCUGUCUGUCUGUCUGUCUGUCUGUCUGUCUGUCUGUCUGUCUGUCUGUCUGUCUGUCUGUCUGGCUGUCUGUCUGUCCGUCUGUCUGAUGUACUGUCUGUCCGUCUGUCUGAUGUACUGUCUGUCUGUCUGUCUGUCUGUCUGUCUGUCUGUCUGUCUGUCUGUCUGUCUGUCUGUCUGUCUGUCUGGCUGUCUGGCUGUCUGUCCGUGCUAGCAGUCACACCAGGCUAACGGUUACACCCAGUCCUAUUAUAACCAACAGGGGAAAUAACUCUCUCAUUGUAUCAGACUCUUCCCUGACUGUAUGGUCUGUCCGUGUGUCUGUCUGUCUGUCUGUCUGUCUGUCUGUCUGUCUGUCUGUCUGUCUGUCUGUCUGUCUGGCUGGCUGGCUGGCUGGCUGGCUGGCUGUCACUUUGUCAUUAUGGGUUAUUGUGUGUAGAUGGGUGAGAUUCUUAACAAAUGUCAUCCAUUUUGAAAUCAGGUUGUCACAUAAUAAAAUGUGAAUAUGUC